AUACACGUAUUUAACUGUACGAUAAUUAAAACCGGCGUCGGUUGAAGCGUCGAUCCACUUCCACCCGUGUCUGUGUUGUGUGUAGUUAACACUUGACUCCACAGCAACAACAACGUUAAAGCAGAACCACACGGAAUCCACACGCACACAACACACAUAUUCGUGUGUGUUUGAAGUGGAAGAAAGAGAACGCAUAACACAGAACACAGUGCAGACAGCAAGUGAUGACGUCGAAACAGACAUACAGCGUGUGCUUCUGCUGGCGGCGGCGGUUCAAGCUGGCGCUGGCGGAGGCGCCGUCGGAAAUCAAGACCCUAUUCAAUGAGUACUCCGAGAAUGAGCUCAUGACACCUUCGCAUCUUAAGAGAUUCCUGGUCGAUGUGCAGAGGCAAGAGAAGGCCACUGAAGAAGACGCGCAAGCCAUCAUCGAUAGCUUCAGGCAUUUCCAUCGCAGAGGCGCUGGCCUCAAUCUCGAAACUUUCUUCAAGUACCUCUUCAGUGACGAUAAUCCUCCUCUUCUUCCUUCUCAUGGGGUGCACCAUGAUAUGACUUUACCCUUGUCACAUUAUUUCAUAUAUACUGGCCAUAAUUCCUAUUUAACUGGGAAUCAGCUGAGCAGCGACUGCAGUGACGUCCCCAUCAUAAAUGCACUGAAGAAAGGUGUGCGGGUGAUUGAAUUAGACAUAUGGCCUAAUGCAUCAAAGGAUAGUAUAGAUGUUCUUCAUGGAAGGACAUUGACUACUCCUGUAGAGCUUAUCAGAUGUUUGAGGUCUAUUAAGGAUCAUGCCUUUGUGGCAUCAGAAUAUCCAGUUGUAAUAACCCUAGAAGACCACCUUACACCAGAUCUUCAGGCUAAAGUGGCUGAGAUGGUUACCCAAACAUUUGGAGACAUACUAUUUACUCCUAACUCAGAAAGUGUGAAGGAAUUCCCUUCUCCUGAAUCACUUAAGAAGAGAAUUAUUAUAUCAACCAAACCACCUAAGGAGUACCUUGAGGCAAAAGAAAAGGAAAAAGGGGAUGAUUCACAGCACGAAAAGGAGAAAGGGGAUGAUUCAGAGCAUGGAAAGGCAUCAGGUGAAGAUGAAGCUUGGGGGAAGGAAGUCCCAAGCUUGAAAGGUGGUACUAUAGAGGAUUACAAGGACAACAACGUGGAUGAAGAUCUUAAUGAUGAGGAAGAAUUUGAUGAAUCAGACAAGUCACAUCAUAAUGAAGCUCCAGAAUAUAGACACCUAAUUGCCAUUCAUGCUGGGAAGCCUAAAGGUGGAUUAGUGGAAUGCCUCAAAGUGGAUCCUGAAAAAGUGAGACGUCUAAGUUUAAGUGAGCAACAGCUUGAAAAGGCUGCUAUAAAUUAUGGACAACAAAUUGUCAGGUUUACUCAGCGGAAUAUACUGAGGGUGUAUCCAAAAGGUACUCGCAUUGACUCAUCAAAUUAUAACCCAUUAAUUGGGUGGAUGCAUGGAGCUCAGAUGGUUGCAUUUAAUAUGCAGGGGUAUGGGAGAUCUCUUUGGUUGAUGCAUGGAAUGUUCAGAGCCAAUGGAGGGUGCGGUUAUGUUAAAAAACCAAAUUUUCUAUUGGAGACUGGUCCAGAUGACGAGGUCUUCAAUCCUAAAGCUAAGUUACCUGUGAAGACUACUUUGAAGGUGACUGUAUAUAUGGGGGAAGGAUGGUACUAUGAUUUCAAGCAUACACACUUUGAUCAAUAUUCACCUCCAGACUUCUACACAAGAGUGGGGAUUGCUGGAGUCCCUAAUGAUACUAUAAUGAAGAGAACUAAGGCAAUAGAGGAUAAUUGGUUACCUACAUGGAAUGAGGCAUUUGAGUUCCCUCUCACUGUUCCGGAGUUGGCCUUGCUUCGCGUAGAAGUUCACGAGUAUGACAUGUCUGAGAAAGAUGACUUUGGUGGACAAACAUGCCUACCUAUCUGGGAGCUUAGAAGUGGCAUUCGAGCAAUUCCACUGCAUAGCCAAAAGGGAGAUAAAUACAACACUGUAAAGCUUCUCAUGCGCUUUGAGUUUAUUAAUAAUUGAUUCUGUGCAAUGUGCAUCCUUCUGCUCCCCAUUAUUAUUAUUAUUAUUAUGUACAGUCAUUAAGAUGUGUUAGUAGCAAGAGUUUGUAUGUAGUAGCUGGAUGAUAUCGUGAAUUAUGUGCCCCGUUAAAUGAUGUAAGAAACAAAAUGUGUUGUGUAUUUUGUUUUCUUGAGGAGACUUGUUGGUCUUGUAAGGCUUGUCAAUAUAUACUACUUAUAUAUAUAUAUAUAUAUAAACAUAAGGAAAUUGUUCGUGUUUUGUAUGAGAA